AUGGGUAUUUGCAUUUCUUCACAGUCCAAUGAAUCCCAACCCACUGCAAAUCUGAUACUGAUGGAUGGAAGAAUCGAGGUAUUUUCUGAGCCUCUUAAAUGUAAGGAGAUUCUGCAACAAUAUCCAGGCCACUUUAUCUGCAGUUCAGAUGGGCUUUAUAUAGGAAGAAAGAUAUUUGAUGUUCUUGAAGAGGCUGAUCAGCUGCAAGUUGGGCAGCUCUAUUUUCUUCUUCCAAUCCAUAAAUUGGAGUAUGUGCUCACAGACUCAGACAUGGCUGCUCUGCUCUUGAAAGCUAAUUCUGCAGUCAGACUGGUGAAAAGAAGCACCCAAAAAGUGCACCCUUUGUUUGAUGUUCAUUUGGAUAGUACAGAGGAAAGUCAGGAAUUGUCAUGGGCAGAGGAAUCCUGCAGGGUUAAUUUUUGUUUGUCAUCCAAGAAGUCUGUUUCAGCUGCCCCACAAGUGGGUAAAAACCAGUGGUACUCAAAAUUGGAGACAAUCAUGGAGGAUGUGUGAUUACAAACUCUACAAUUAUCAUCAUCUAUGCAAUAUGGUAUCUGGUGGUUUGGAAUACUGUAGUUAAAGUACAUGUUGGUUGU